CGGAGGAAGGGGCCUGAAAAGUAAGAAGGACAAGAAAUACAGGCAGAGAGGGUGGAACGGGAGUCUGAGAUAAUGGAUGUUGACAAAGAUCACCUGGCCUCUCUGUGGAGCCUGGAUACGCAGUGGCUAUGGAGCAGGAGACCAUCUUCCUCGAGGGAUGGGCCGAGGACUCGGCUACUCCCCUGACCAUAAAUGGCUCGGCCAGCGCUCUCUUGGAGCCACCUCUAGCCCUGUCACCCUUGCUCUCCCAGUUGGAUGUCCCUGCAAAUGCGAGACACAAGCCAAGAGCUCUAGAGAGAAAGGAGCCUGCGGAGGACAGUGUUUGGAGAAGGUUCUUGGGAGGCUGUCGGGAUGAGUUUUUCGCUGAACUUCACGCUGCCGGCCAACACGACUUCCUCUCCAGUUGUUACAGGUGGGAAAGAAGUGGACUGUGGGCCUUCUAUUGGAUUAGCCGCAGGCAUCCCGUCUCUGGUGGCCACAGCCCUGCUGGUAGCUUUACUGUUUACUCUCAUUCACCGAAGAAGAAGCAGCAGCAGUGAGUCCACUGAGGAAAGUGAGAGGCCAUAUGAAAUUUCAGAAAUUGAUGACAAUCCCAAGAUAGCUGAGAAUCCUAGGAGACCACCCACACGUGAGAAGAAUAUGAUGGGAGCAGAAGAAGCUCACAUAUAUGUGAAGACUGUAUCAGGAAGUGAGGAGAUCAUGCCUGACACUUAUCGUCCUACUGUGGAGAUGGAGAGAAGGAGGGGAUUGUGGUGGCUUGUGCCCAGACUGAGCCUGGAAUGAUGAAGCUCAAAGAGCAGAAUUGGAGCUGGAAACCCGGGAUCUGAGCGUGGAGUGAGGAGAGAUGCUAAGCUGCUUCAUUAACCAAUCCAAUUUCAUUGACAGAUCUGGAAAACUUUUGGAUUGGCUUGUUUCUUUGAGGACAGAUCUGACAAGGUUCAUUCCAGCUCUCAGAUCUUGUGGUUUAAGAAGCAGCGAACCACCAAGUGAGAUCACUGUGCAUCCAGAAGGAGCCCUUGGGUCCUGUUCCUGACCCCAGUGGGAAUUGUGUGUGUGUGUGUGUGUGUGUGUGUGUGUGUGUGUGAUUUUAGAAAAGGGGCUUGAUUUCUGAGUGUCUUGCCUCCUCACCUUUUUUUUACAUCCCAUUUCUCAAAAAAUCAUUAUACCUGACUUCUAUGGGAGGGUUCGUCAAGGCCAGCAUGCAGCACGAUAUGAAAAUGAAUCUCAAGGGGGUAAUGAAGGAAAGCAGAUCCUAUUUCUGAAUAUCUCAGGGUAGAAAUCAGAUGGAGGCACACAUGCCUUGACUACAGAGGCAGCUCAUGGUUGGACCAUUCAUUACUCCCACUGUGUCUGUGAUCAGACAUAUUUAAGGAAGACAAAUUGCAAUGGGCUAUGUGCGCAUGUGUGUGUGUACGGUAAAUAGUGUUUUAAAUGAUUAUUAGAAAUGAGGCUAUAUCCAUUUUGUGGGAGUAGAGAGAAAAGCCCAAGUCCUUGGACUAUCAUGGGGAAAAGCUCAUGGUCAAGAAGAGAGAUCCAGAGGAUUCAGUACAUGAACACUGGGCCGAAGGGGUGGGCUGAGUAGCAAUGUGGCUGCGUGUGAGGGAAGGCUGUGCAGUGUCAGCUGGCUCGGGCCAGGCCUUCGCCAUCGCUUCUGUGAGGAGGCUUCCAGGAAUCCUGUCUCCCCUCUUCUUCAAAUAACAAAGGACGGAUUCUACAAACUCAGUCACUGCCACAUGCCAACUGUGCUUUGCAAAGCCCCUUGUGAAAUUUAGUUGUACUCUAUAUCCCCCGGGUGCCGUCACUUUGGCCAUUUUGUCUAUAAUAUGAGGUCUGACAUAUUUUGGACCAUUUAUUUUAAUUCCACUUACAAUCCAUUGCUUAGAAUCUUUCAUUCAAAUUGUUUCUACUAAACUAGCAAGGUUCAAUGUUUCUAUCAUUUUUUUCUGCUACAAUGCACAAAAACUUAUCCUAUAUAAUAAAAGGCUAAUAUGCAAA